AUGACUGCAUCAAUAGCAUCUAUACAAUUUAAUGCAAAAACAACUACAAAACAACAAUUUGCAUCUACACCAAAAGCAUGGAUUCAUUUUGUAGCGGGAGGUCUUGGAGGUAUGGUUGGAGCAAUUGUAACUUCGCCAUUGGAUGUAGUUAAGACGCGAUUACAGACUUAUGGUGUAAAUAAUAAUAAACCUCUUAAAGGGAAAAGCAUUGCUAAUUCUCAAUUUGCAACAAUAAAUAAUAUCAGUGAUGUUGACAUGUUUAUCGCAAGAUUUGAGAAAGAUUACUUGACUUUUAUUUCAAAUGAUAAUCCUGGUGUGGGAGUUUUUGAAAUGUAUCAAUAUGUUGCAAAAAAAAUUGGCGAUUGUCUUGGUUUAAGAUCAACAACAAAAUUUACCCGUAAUAAAUUAAAGAUCCAUUCUGAUAUGGUAAAAUCAGCGGCUGAAAUCUCUUCAAAAAUCGUAGCUUUGGAAAUUAGACCUGAAUCUUGGAAAGAAUUACAAUUUAUGCAUGUUGCCAAUUUUCCUCAGUCGCGUUGCACCAAGUGUUACAAUGAUAUUUGUCUUCAAUGUGGUGAAUCUACUCAUCAUCCAGGAAUGACAUGUAUUCAAUUUAUGCGUUACAAAGUAGCGAACCCUCAUCUAUUUAUUAUGAAUAAUUCAAAAACUCAAGCUACGUAUCAUAAUAAUAUAAACAACAACACUGUAGAUGCUUUGGAAAUUAUUAAAUGGAAACUUGAAAAUUCUAAAUCUUGUCCAAACUGUUCAAUAUUAAUUAAUCGUGAUGAUGGCUGCAAUAAAGUUGAUUGUUUACAUUGUGGAUAUAGAUUUUGUUGGUGCUGA